UUAGAAAAAAAAAAACAAAUCAUGUAUAUCAUCUAUGAUGGGCAAACAUAUUCAACUCUCGUUUGCUAUUCUGAUUAUGUUCACCAUUUUUGUGUUAGGAGCGGUGGGAGACGUGGACCAAGGAUAUAAACAACAGUGUUAUAAGACUAUAGAUGUAAACCUUUGUGUUACCGGUGAGUGCAAAAAGAUGUGUGUAAGGAGGUUUAAGCAAGCGGCUGGUAUGUGCAUAAAAUCAGUUCCAUCAGCUCCAGCGCCUAAUCGGUGUAGAUGCAUUUAUCAUUGUUAAUUAUUUUUUUACUUACAAUAAAUCUCAAAUCAUUCAUAUGAUAUAUAAGAACCAUGCAAUAAAGUAAUGUAAUACUUCAAUGGAGUUUCUAGCCUAAACCAUGCAAUAAAGUUGUUUAUCAUUGAGUUCUUUGUUACUUAAACAACUAUUUUAAAU